AAGAAUAAUGGCCGCGCUUACAAAAUAUAACACGGCGCUAGGUCUUUUACCAGGACUUUAUUCAGGUUCUGAAGUUCGUCUUUCAUCAGGGGUUUUGUUUCGUCACUUUAAUUUUUCAAUAGGCGUUGAAGAAGAAUCACUUACCGGGGCUUUGCCUUUGUAG